CUUCGCUCUUUGUUUCUACUUCCCUCCUUUACAACUUAACACACAGCAAAUGAGUUUCUUUGGGCUUGGGUAAGUCGACGAGAUUGGCACGUUGCUGGCGAGAUGCUCAUUGGGGAAAGGCAUUUGUUAAUUCGGCAUGUCUUUCUUUCUGCUGGGUAGUAAGCUGACUGGUAUCGGCAAACAGAAGCGGCCGAGCACGCCGUCCUCAGGGGGCUCAAAACAGGAGGUGCCUCUGUUCCUGCGGCACAAAUAUGCGCUAUCGUACCUGGUAAAAGGCAGCUUCAAGGGCGUCGUGCAGCAGCCAAAGUACACAGACCUGAACGAAUGGCUGUCGCUGAACACAUUCGAGUUCUUCAACCUGCGCUGGGCCCACACACGGAGUAUACAUGGACAGACACGCAGCGGAAGACAAUCAAACUGUCGGCGCCGCAAUAUAUCGACUAUGUGUUGUCUCAAAUCCAGACAACGCUCAACGAGGAGCGCGUAUUCCCGACGAAGGUCGGGUCAGAGUUUCCCAAGGAAAUCCGCCACACGCUAAACAUUAUCUACAAGCACCUGUUCCGUAUUCUAGCGCACAUCUACUGGUCACACUACCCGGAGCUAUUGAACCUGCGCAUGGAGCGGCAUAUCAACUCGCUGUUCGCGCACUUUAUCUCGUUUGUUAAGGAGUUUGACCUGCUCGAUAGAAAGGACUUGGCGCCAAUGGCUGACCUCAUUGCCCUCUACGAGCAGCAUGGCAUCAUUAGCUAGAGCCGAUGCAGGCGAUAUCGGGGGGGG